AGAAAAUGACAUUCAUCAAUUUUCAUUUCACCAACAAAACCCAAAGGACUUUCCUACUCUUUAAGCCACCCCUUUAGGCUAAAACUCAAAAGAUUUUAUCUUUAUAGUGAAUUCUUGAAUCUUUGUCUUUGGGCACAAAUAUUUGGUCCUCAAGAAGCUAGUGGUGGUGGUGUUUUCAGAUUUUUUUGGGUUUUUUGUGUCGAAGAAAGGUAAAGAUAAGAGCUUUAUUGAUAGUUUUGAUUAAAGCAGAGAGGAAAAGAGAUGGAUAUGGUGCAUUACCCUUAUGGGAGGUCUUCUUAUGAGGACUCUUUGAAGCUCCUGGAGGCUGAUAUUCAGCACGCCAAUGCUCUGGCUGCUGCGAUUCCAAAAGGAAAGGGUGGUGCUCGACUACAAAUGACAUUGGCAUACAAUAAUUUGGCACCUUUCCUGUUGUUUCUGCUACAAUGGAUCGAUAGUUCAUGCACAUGUCUACUUCCAAGAUAUCUAAAUCUUUUUGAAAUCCUUGUGCACAAGGUAUACACAGAUGAGAGACGUAAUGUAUCAGCACUUGGCAGGAAGGCAACAAUCAGCGAAUUCUAUGCCGUUAUAUUGCCGUCUCUUCAAGGUCUCCAUAAUGACUUGGUAGAUAUGGAUAUUACAAGUAAUGAGAAGCCUGGAACAGAGAUCAAUAGCAAGGAGAGACUGCGAAACGAUACAAGUCUGUCAAAUAUUGAUUUGGAGAGAGAAGCCGAAUGUGGAAUAUGCUUAGAGCUCUGCCCCAAAAUUGUUUUGCCUAAUUGUUGUCAUUCAAUGUGCAUUAACUGCUACCGUGAUUGGAAUUCAAGGUCGGAAGCCUGUCCAUUUUGUCGUGGUACCAUAAAGAGAGUCAUGUCAAGAGAUUUAUGGGUUCUCACUUCUGGAGACGACAUAAUUGAAACUGAUACAGUUCUUAAGGAGGACUUGCAGCGUUUCUACCUAUAUAUUAGCAAGCUGCCUAAAGAUACCCCAGAUGCGCUUUUCUUUAUGUAUUAUGAGUAUCUAAUAUAAUCUUGAAUGAAGUCAAGAAAUGUGUUGUACAGAUAGAAAAGGCCGACCUGUCAAUGUACAUAGAGUCCGGCUGGUUACUACAUUAACGUAACAGCUUAAUAAUACGCGGAGGUUAAUAAAUGUCGUUAUGAUACAUCAAAAAGAUUUUAUCUCGGAACCUUGAUAGUUUGUGUACUUGCCUUCUCUGUCAAAAAUGACCAUCAAUGUGCAUUUGUAUUUGUCAAUGUGUAUUUUAUGUUACUACAAGGGUAGUUAUAUGAAUUUUCAGUGAUCUGCGA